ACAGGAUUGCUACCUCGAAAUCAGUCCCCUCUGAGAGCGACCCGACUAAUCCACCAAUCCGCACGGAGGGGCACUGCGUCUCCUGAAAAGGCCUUUCAGGAGCGCGUACAGGAGGUUCGCAAUGCCAUUUCCGAUCCCUAUCCGCGCCUGGGAACGGAUGCGCGCACGGUGAGCUGUGGCGAGUUCCGUACGCGUUAUGCCUCACUGGCCAUCAAUGAAUCAGUAGAAGAGUCGGUUGUGGUCUCCGGUAGAAUUCGUACCUAUAGGCUUGCUGGAAGCAAAUUGAUCUUCUUCGAUCUCGUCCAAGACGGCCACAAAAUCCAAGUGAUGUGCAACAAGCGUCAGCUUGAUGGCAUCUCGCCCGAGCAGUUUAAGAAGUUGUAUCGCCUGCUGCGCCGCGGCGAUGCAUUUUCUGUGACCGGAAAACCCCAUCGCACCGGCCGAGGCGAGCUCACCGUUGAUGCCACCGAGCUACCUACGCUAUUGGCUCCUUGCCUGCACGAUGUCCCCGUCCACGACUCUUCGCACGAGACCUCGCCCUAUCCUCGCCAUGUACAGUUCCUGGCCGACCCAGCUACCGCACAGAUCAUUCGCGCGCGGUCUUCGUUGACGCAGUAUCUGCGCCAGUUCUUCGUGGAUCGCUCGUUCAUGGAGGUGAAUACGCCUAUAAUUGGGGCCCAGGCUGGUGGCGCUAUUGCUCGUCCAUUCUAUACCGCGGCCACUGAAUUCCCAGAUCGGGAGCUGUCUCUGCGAAUUGCCCCCGAGUUGUGGUUGAAGCGGCUGGUUGUGGGAGGGUUCGACAAGGUCUUUGAGAUUGGACCGUCUUUCCGCAAUGAAGGAAUCGACAAGACCCAUAACCCCGAGUUCACUACCUGCGAAUUCUACCACGCGUAUGCCAACCUGGAGGAUCUCAUGCGCAUCACGGAGGAUCUCCUCUCUGGCGUAGCCAAACACAUCCACACCCUUAACCACGACGGCGCUCUCAGCCCAACUACUGCAGAUUUUACCACUCCAUUCCGCCGCAUCGACUUCGUCACCGGCAUCGAGGAACGCAUUAAUCGAAAACUCCCUGACCUUACCUCUCCCUCCGCUCUCGAAGAUCUGCAUGUCCUUUUCCGCGACCUCUCCCUCCCUCUCCCUGAGAAGGCCACACUCCCCCGUCUCCUCGAUGAGCUUUGCGGCACCUAUGUUGAACCGGACUGCAUUAACCCAACCUUUAUCAUCAACCCACCCGAAUGCCUUUCCCCACUCUCCAAAUCCUUUAAGCACCCGACUACAAACCAGAUUGUUGCCGCUCGCGGUGAGCUCUUCAUUGAAGGCAAGGAAUUGGUGAAUACCUACGAAGAGGAGAACUCACCUUUUGAGCAACGCCGCAAGUUCGAGGACCAGCUGCGCUUUAGCAAAGCGGCUGGCGAACCGGGCGAGGUGGACGAGAAUUACCUCGAAGCCCUUGAGUGGGGACUGCCCUCGACCGGCGGUUGGGGAUGUGGCAUCGAUCGGCUGGUGAUGCUUUUCACAGGCGCCAAACGGAUUAGCGAUGUGUUGCCCUUUGGAACUUUGCGUGCGGUCACUCGCCGUUCUGAGUAG